GAUGAAUGAUUCGGUUAAAGAACUUUUUGCAAAUACACUUGGGGGUGUUGCAGGAGGUACUGCAUGCGUGUAUGUUGGACAACCAUUAGAUACCGUCAAGGUUAAACUGCAAACUCGUCCCGACAUCUAUAAGAAUGCUGUAGAUUGUUUCUUUAAAACAUUCAGAGAAGAAGGAAUUUAUAGAGGAUUAUAUGCUGGUUCAAUACCAGCUCUCCUUGCACAGGUAGCUGAAAAUGCAGCACUAUUUGCAGCAUAUGGUGUUUUGCGUAAAGUUGCUGUAGCCUUAACAAGUUGUAAAAAGGAAAGUGAUCUAGGAGUGCUUAGUAAUGCUUUUUGCGGAGCAGGAGCUGGCGUUGUGUCAAGCAUUGCUCUCUGCCCAACUGAACUGGUAAAGUGCAGAUUACAGGCCACCCAGUCAAACUUAGGACCGUAUGAAGUAACAAAAAGUAUUCUCAAAGUUGAUGGAAUUUCUGGUCUGUUCAGAGGUAUGAUCCCUACUUUGGCUAGAGAGGUUCCUGGCUACUUUUUCUUCUUUGGAGGGUACGAAUUUUCGAAAUAUUUCUUCAAUUGUGAUCCUAAUAAAAGUAAUGCUCUUUGCUCAAUUGUUUGUGGGGGAAUAGGAGGAGUUUCUCUUUGGAUAGCAGUUUUUCCUACUGAUGUUAUAAAGUCUAGAGUACAGGUGGAUACCAGUUUAAACAGAGGUUUCUUAUCAACUGGAAUAGAGAUAGCUAAAACAGAAGGAUUUCGAUCUUUAUAUAAAGGAAUGCGCAAUACGUACGUUCUGAUUAUGCUUAAACUUCUUUUAAUUCUAAUUAUUUUUGGAUUUGGAAAAGCUGAGAGAACUCUAAUUUUCAUCAGAGCCCAAACGCUACCGGGAGAGAAUGUGUUUAUUAGAGGAGGACUGACAGACUCAAGUUGUCUUGAAAAUAAAAAACAAUGUAAAAUUCCAAUCAGACACAAUAUUCGACCAGCAAAUACCGAAUCAUCUUAUAGUAAAUGGUCUGAAGGUGAUUUAUAUCUUGACUGGGAUGGAUCUGAAGAAGGCCAGGGUCUUUUUCAAGGUCAAGAGGCUGGUGGAACACCAAUGAUGUGGACAACAAAUCAACAAGACUAUCCUCGAGUCAUUGAAAUUGAUGGAAGUGGAUAUUCAACAUUUAAUCGAUUUUCUUCACAUUAUUGGUUCGUUGACUUGGAAAUUGACUGUAGUUUAACAAGCAAUGGAUGGUUUGAUCUAAAGGCGUACAUAACACCUGAUAGAAACUGGGAAUCAGAUAUAAAUCAAUAUCAGAAGUGUGCUUCAUCUCAUGGAAACUUUUGGAAGCCACAUUCGAUGGGGAAUCAUGUAGCUGUUUGUGGUCAAAUGAAUGUUUUCAUAUUAAAUCAAAAUGAAUCCAAAUGCGGAAAGAGAAACAUGUUUACGGAAGUUAAUAAAGAUUUUUCUAUACCCCGCAUUGUUGGUGGAAAACCAGCACCUAUAGGUAGAUGGCCAUGGCAAGGUGUUCUUCAGUAUGGACAAACAAUAGGCGGGUGUGGUGCAGUUCUUUUAAGUCCUUAUUGGGCAAUAACAGCGGCUCAUUGCCUUCAACCCUGGGAUAUUAAUUUAGUUAAAAUUAGAUUCGGAGAGAUGAACUUACUAGCUACUCAAGGGACAGAGCAAGUUAUGAGUUUAUCCCAGAUUGUUCGGCAUCCCGGAUAUGGAAAUCCUGGAGCAGGUAAUCCAUACAAUGAUAACGAUGUGACCUUAUUACGUUUCGCUGAGCCUGUUAAAAUCAAUGAAAAGGUAAAUAGUGCUUGUUUGCCAUUUAAUUAUAAACUGGAUGAUUUUGUUGGUGAAGAUUGUUGGGCGACAGGAUUUGGAGCAACGAAGGGAACGUCAGAGAAGCAUAGAUUAAAUGAGAUAAAUGUUCCCGUUCAUAGUCACCAAUCUUGCAUUUCCAGCUGGGGUCUGGAAAGAAUAACCCAAAGACAAUUAUGUGUUGGUACACCAGCAUUAUCUGCCUGUGGGGGAGAUUCAGGUGGUCCACUUGUUUGCAAAAUGGGAGAUUCUUGGGUUCUUGCCGGCACAACUUCAUGGGGCGAUAGAACGUGUCAAGGAAAGCCCUCAGUUUAUAGUAGGAUAACAGAAUUUCUACCCUGGAUUCAAUUGGUAACAGGAAUUUCUAAAUAG